GGCCCGGCACGAGUUUUCAAGGUCCGAACCUGAGCUCAUCGUUACAAACGACGUUCACGACAUGCAACGGCAGCUUUGUGUGCGCGCGCUGUCUUUCACGCGUUCCUAUGCUACCAGGUAUCCACGACCUAAACCAGGGACGUCGGAAAGACCGCCAUAUCGCGCUGCAGAUCCUUUGGUCAACAAUCCCAAUGCCGCCGUGACCACCCUUCCUGACGAAGAACUCACUUUCAUCCAUCGUCCUCCACCUACGUCACCUUCACCGUUCUCGUUGGCAACAAAUCCGGCUUCGCCUCUCCUGCGACCUAGAGCCAAGCCGACAGAAACAGCUCUACCUCCACUAUCCCGUCCAAAUGAGAAACCCCAGCCGGAACGUGUCUCUGAGGCCGUUAUAGAAAAAAUCAAGAAGCUCAGGAGAGGAAACCCUGAAAAAUAUAGUCGGGGAACUCUUGCGAAGAUGUUUGGCUGCUCCCAAACCUUUGUCGGCCUUGUUGCUGCUCUUAAGAGCUCAAAACGCAAAUCUUUGCUGAAGAAACGGGAGGCCGGUCACCAACUAGAGAGAGAGAAGUGGAGCGAAAGACACACAUUGGUCAAAGCUAUCCGGGCAAAGAGACGCGAGUUGUGGUGAUACUGGUCUGCUGGUCUUUCUUUUCUGCGUAUGCAACCCAUUAAUGAAUCGUGGACUGUAGGGAUAGCUACUAUCUCAUGGUAUACUGACGCUGGAUACGGAGCU